AUGGAACAUAUCGAUCUUUGGUAUGAAUUGGCUGAACAAAAAAUUCAAUUAAGUUUAAUUCUUGAGGACGAUGUUAUAUUUGUUCCAUUCUUUAAAGAAAAAUUUACUCGAAUGAUUUAUGCAGCUAUUGAAAGUAGAGCAUUACGUAUCAAUGAAACAUGUGCUGAAUCAAAAGAACACAGGAUAUCAGAUGAUGAAUGGAUAAAUCAGAGUCCAAUGAUUGUUAUCGGAACAUGUUUCAACUAUCAUGGUAAAUGUUUCCAAAAAUAUUUUUCGAAUGCUCCACCACUUCUGUCAACCCAUAAAUCGAAUCCAUCACGAUGUGCUCAUGCCUAUUUAUUAACAUUAUGCUCAGCACAAGCAUUAGUUCAUCAAAUCCAAGCACAAAAAAAUGAUUUGAUCGGAGUCGAUUUAACCCAAAACUUCCUAGUUAAUUUAUCAUCAACACUUCAAUCAUUUUGGAUGGAUCCACCAUUAGCAUAUCAAGGAAACCAAGUGACUGAUCUUGAGCAACUGCCAACAUUUAAAGUACAAACUUAUAUAUCACAUUAUUAG